AUGGGCAGCACAGGACCAACCGAAGAUGCUCCCAAGAAGCAAAUCCUGCUGAAUGCGUUUGACAUGUCAACUGUUGGGCAUUUAUCGCCUGGACAGUGGAAGAACCCCGCCGACAAAUCCGCCACAAAGCGCACACUGGAAUACUGGAUCGAACUAGCCAAACUCCUCGAACGAGGUGGCAUCAAUGCCCUCUUCCUGGCUGAUACUUAUGGCGGAUAUGACACCUACGAGGGGAAGCUGGACGAAUGUAUUCGGCGCGCUGCACAGUGGCCGGUUACGGAUCCUACAAUUCCCAUCUCAGCAAUGGCAGCCGUGACGAAGAAUCUUGCCUUCGGAAUCACUUCGUCUACGUCGUUUGAGCCGCCUUUCCUUCUUGCGAAACGUUUCUCGACACUCGAUCAUCUCACCAAUGGGCGGAUUGGGUGGAAUAUCGUGACAUCGUGGAAGAAGGCUGCGUUCAAGGCAAUUGGUCUGGAUACACCUAUUGAACAUGAUGAGCGAUAUCGACAGGCUGAUGAAUACCUGCGCGUUCUAUACAAACUCUGGGAAGGCUCCUGGUCCAACGACGCCGUCUCCCCCAACCCCGACGAAGACUCCUACAUCGACCCAGACAAGGUCCGCCAGAUCAACCACAAGGGGAAAUACUUCUCCCUGAACACGCGACACAUCGUUGAUCCCUCGCCGCAGCGUACGCCCUUCCUCUUUCAGGCCGGUACAUCGCCCGCGGGAUCAGAAUUCGCCUCGAACCACGCCGAGGCGAUCUUCGUCUCCUCGCACUCGCCUUCCGUGCUCAGACCACGCAUCGAUAAUAUCCGUAAACUGGCGGCGGAAAAGGGAAGGGAUCCGCAGAGCAUCAAGUUCUUUGCUACGUUUACGCCGAUCGUGGGACGGACGGAUGAAGAGGCGUAUGAGAAGUAUGAGGAGGUGAAGAAGUAUGCUUCUGUGAUUGGUGGAUUGGUGCUUUUCAGUGGAUGGACGGGGAUAGAUAUUUCCAAGAUUCCGCUCGACCAGGAUAUCACUGCUGCUGAUUCAGUGGAGACGCAUAAGGUGACUAGUAUCCUGAACUCGUUCACGACGACGAGUAAGGAAAUUCCACGAUGGACACCACGAAUUGUCGCGCAGCGUGCUGCUAUCGGUGGACUUGGUCCUGUCGCUAUCGGUAGCCCUACAACCGUCGCCGAUGAAUUGGAAAGAUGGGUGAAGGAGGCUGAUUUGGAUGGGUUUAAUAUCGGACACGUUACUACGCCUGGGACGUUUGAAGAGGUUGUUGAUCUACUUAUUCCCGAGUUGAGGAGGCGAGGUAUUUAUCCCGAGUUGUCAGAGGAACAGCUGACGGCGAGAGAAAAGGUGUUUGGAAAGGGACAGAAGGGGUUGAGAGAUGAUCAUACUGGAAGCAAGUACAAGUAUGAUGUCUAUCAAGAAGACGAACCGUAUGUUGAAGAGGAGGCCAAGAGCGAGUAA